AUGAAUGGCCGCGCCGAAAAUUCUGAUAAGCAUUGCUACUGGGUACCACAUAAUUCUGAUGCACUGGAGCAGCUGGAGAUAAACGACCAAAAUCUUCAGCAGGAGGGUGCUGUCGCAUAUGCCGUUGAUUUGAAUCCUGAACACGAGCCUACUCGUCAGCUUUACACUGGACUUGCUGUCCGUGCUGCGGUCCAUCUCCAAGACAAUUCGACCUUACUGGUCUCCGGGAUAUGCGAACAAUACGCUAAUCCACCUUUUUAUGAAUUAUUUUAUGAAUUCUCCGGUACUCGGUCGACCGAUCCUGGAUUUCAGCUUCCACAAGAGUUUUUUGGAGGGAUACGAAUUUUUAAUAGCUAUGACGUGUACCUUACUGAAUUUUUAUCAGCUUGUUUUCUUGAUCGUUCAGCUGAUCAGUUUUUAUCAGUUAAUGAUGUCAAUGUGAUUUGUGAUGUAAACAGUUCGACGUACUUCGUUUCAGUUAUUAUUUUGGGGGCCAGGGAUGAUGAAAAUAAUAGUGAUCAUGGAAGUGAUGGAAAUAGCGCUAGUGAUGACGAAACUGAUAGUGGCAACAAUGGAACUGACGGUAUUGAUGAAGAUGAUAAUACUGAUCAUGAAAAUAAUGGGGCUGACGAUCAUAUUAGCGAUUCGGAGAUAUAG